ACGUACUGCAAAACUUGGAUAGAGAACUGCAACUUUAAAGAAACGAAAAAUUCGGAUCUUGAGAAGGAACUAACUACCAAUCCUUCGUACAAAUGUUUACUGGUGAACUAAAGGACAGCCAAAAAGCAUUAAGCGGUAGCCAAGCCUUGGGCCUGAAUGAAUUGAUUCAUCCCCCUGGGUGUUCAGAUCCAAACUGUCUGUUGCCAUCUUGCAUUAACAUAAAGCUACGGAAGAAUCAUUUACAAACAUGCAGGAAGAAAAAGGGACGCUGUGAUAUUUGCAAAAUACUCACUAGCAAUCUCACAAGUGGACUGGCUAGUCCUUUCCCUGAACCCCCUGCUUUGCCACCACCGAGGAGAAAAUUAGGAGGAACAGCGGCGACUCAAGGAGACGCCAAUGUGUCAGCUAGGAAUGGGCAGAAAAAAAUACUGCCUGAGCCAAAGUUCGUCAACGUGAGGAAGGAAACAGCCUCUUUUGAUUGCUUAAAGAAACUCCCAGCACCACGAUAUGGGGGCCUCAACAUGGCUAUUUUACCUUACGUUGACCGAAGUAGCAGUUUUCAGCCCCAAGGGCAAAAUACCGUACAACACAGUACCAAUCUUAAUGGCAAUUGCAAAUCAAUCCAAGCACUGCAAGAACAGGCGAUUCAGCAGCCAUUGGAGGUACUUUGCAACGCUUUGCAGGGUCUGAAUACCGUUAUACAGAUGGUGACGUCAAAUCAGCUGGAGAUAGAGGCCAUUCCAAUUUUUAAGCAGGCUCUUGCAAGUAUGGAAUCCACAGUCUCGAAACGUUCGAAAGGGAACGUCACAACAAGGUCCUUUGACAACCCACGACCGAUGAUGAUGGACUGCUUUGAAAAUGGCACAGUGAAAGUGGAGAACCAGUGGGGUACACCUGUAGUAGAAGCAGAUAUACCAAUGCUGCAGUCUACGUCAUUACCCGCCUCGUUCAUAAUUCCAUCUUCGUCAACAUCGCCUACACCAUUAUCUGCAUCUUCCUCGUCAUCUUCAUCGUCGUUAUCGUCCACGCCACCAGUGACUCCUUCAUUAUGCGACGACGUUCUACCAGAAGCCAAUCUGAUGGCUGGAUGCUUCCAGGUGCAGCAGACUCCAAGUAAACCAAUGCUAACCAAGGAGUCUGUUGAAGAUGUUGGUGGGCACGACCUGAUGAACGAGUUCAGUUUCGAUCUGCAGGAUAUCAUUUUGCUGGAUUUUGCUGAAGAAUUGCUUGAAUAGGAUCUGCAUUUCAUUAGAAAAGGGGGAGUCCAGUGAGAUCGGGCAGGGCCAGUCUCAACACAGGGACAUACGAAUGCAGUCUUCCAAGCUGGAUUGGAAUGAUGGCUAUUUCAAUGUUCCUUCUUAUGAGAGUAGCACUUGAGUUGAUAUAGAGAGCAUCCAUUUCGGAGACGAAGUAUCAUUUUUUCAAUAGAAAUUUAGAACACGACUCCAAACACCAUUUGAAUAACGAAAGUGGAGAUGGUGUUUCGCCAUACGAACUGACAAAUUGGUUACCAGGCAACCCUCAGGAAGAAAUCCAAAUGACUUUAGAUACUGCACCAGUGGGCGCACUCUUCCACGGUAGAUUGCGAUCACAUGCUUGUUUUGUUAGACGAAACACAUGAAAGAACGUGCUAAGAUAGCAUCGACUCAGAUAUGUGCUUCAGCGUAAAUGAUGCACCGGGCCUUGAUGAUGUCUUUGACGUUCAGGAAGAAAUGGGUCCUGUCGAGUAUCUGCCGAUGGAUGCAUCCGCCACAACUCAUCAUGCUAACGAUGAUCUGUCCAAUUAAUUCACAUCCAACAGCUUGUACCUGCUGUUCAUCUCUAACACUUAAAGCUCAGAUAUUUGCAAUGUAGCUCAGAAUAUCAAUAUGGAUUCCGUUAAAUUUCUCCAAAACCCCUCCCGUGGAUUGGUAACAGUAGCUAGAAUGAUUUGUGAGUUACUUUCCGAACCAAAAUCAGAUUACUUAGCGUUUACUCUUGUUUGUGCGCUUGACAAUGCCUUAAAGGAGAUGAAAGACGCUUAUACUUACCCUCUGUUCAAACCGCCUGCGUGUAAAAGAGGUAAGAAAUAAUUCAGCUCUGAUAUCAAGAGAAAUUAUAAAAUAAUUCAAAUAGUACGCGCGCUCUGAUUGGCCAUAAAACC